CAUUCCCCAUCUUUUAUGUCUGGAUUCUUGUUUAUUUUACACGUUUCUCUCUCCUCCCUCUUGUUUCUCUCUCCUCUUUUCACCUUUUAUAAAUAGGGCCUUGCUGAGAGCCACAGAGUUUCUCUUCCCUUUUGGGGUUUCCUGGGAGGCGGCCCCUUUCUCUGAAAAAACCCAUUUCAAGAAUUGAAAAAUCUUUUCAGGAUCUGAGGACGACAAACAGAACACCAACCACACUCACUUGGGGGAAACCCACAAUUAAGAUUUUAGUUAUUUGUAUACGUGUUCUUUGCUUUUGUAGUGUGGUGGAGUUGGUUGAACUUCAGAUUCUCCGAAGAUUAAGUACAGGCAGGGAAUGAGCAUUGCAGAAUUUGGAACUUUGACACUGCAAGGGUGAUGGAUGCCGGGCUGGAUUGAUGUGUGAGAUUGGUUAAUGCAAGGCUGGAAAUGAACACAAGGACAUGGUGCAUGGACGACAUAAUUGUUUCUGGUCGGUUCCUGUAUUAGGAAGUUCCGGCCAGAGCGUAGGAAAGCCUUACUUGGUGGAGAGUUUGCCCCACUUUUUCCUUGCCCAAGUGCGAUGUCUCGUUGUUUUCCAUUUCCACCUCCUGGAUAUGAGAGAAAGAUUGGAUCUGAUGUUGUGAACUUGAUAGUAGAGGAGAAGCACAAGGAGAAGAAGCACAAGGAUAAGAAGGAUAAAGACAAGAAAGAAAGAAGUGAGAGAAAGGAAAAGGAGAGAAGUGAAGGUAAACACAAAGAGGAUAAGGACCGCAAGGAAAAGAAACAUAGGGACAAGAAGGAGAAGAAGAAAGAUAAGCAAAAGUCCUCAGAAGAGAAGAAAAGUGUAGGGUCCUUGGAAAUUCAGAAUGGUGAGAAGCUUGGUCCAGAUACCAAACCAAUUAAUGGAGUCCAGGAUCAUAAAAUUUUGGUGGAAUUGGGAAAAAGAGUUAGAAAUGAAGGUGGAGCUACAGAUAACCAGAUGGUUCAGAAAAUCACACUCACUGGACAAAGAAAGGCCAACCUUCCAUGGAAGAUGGAGGAGAAUGGUGAUGGCAUGUCGGCUGAAGCUAAUGAUGAUAUCAAGGACAAGAGAGAGCAUAGUAGGAUGGAUAAUGGCCAAAGUCUCAAACUUGACGCAAGGGGCUUGGGAAAUGGUUUGGUUGGGAAUAUUUCUGGAGAAAAUCAAAUUAAGGUUAAAGUCGGUUCCUGCCAAGUGGACACGGUUGAGAAGAAAAAAGAUGGAAAAGAAAAGAACAAGCACAGUAACUCUGUUGGUAAAGAAGAUGGGCACAAGAAUGAAGAUCGAGAUAAGAAUAGGAAAUCAAAGGACAAGAAAAGGAAAAAGGAAAAGAAAAAGGAGAAGGAGAAAGUCAAGGAUAUGGGUAAAGGGACGACAAAACUAGGACAUGGUAGUUCUCUAGAUCUUCAAGAGAAGAAACCCUCAGGUGUUCUGAAGGAGAGACCUGUCAGCCAUGGAGAGCUUGCAGAGCAAAAGGAGCCUGUGUUAAAUGGCUUUAUACAUGGCAAUGGAGUUCGGCCCCAUAAUAUGUCAAGGCCUGCUCUUUCCUCUCAUCAAGUCAGUUCAAAUGGAAGUGGUUUUCAUCCUCCUCAAAAUACUGUAAACUUGGCUGUGGAGAAAGGGGCUGUUAUUAUGAAUCAUAAGGUCAACAGUAAGGUUUUGUCCUCUCCAGCAGUGAUUCAAAAUGUUAGGAAUAGGGAACCUGGUCAGACUGCAAAUAACUCUAGAGCUGAAAACGGGAGGGCCACUGUUGCUAAUCAUGUGGCCGGUAAUGGACUUAGCUCCUCACAUAUUUCGGGAAUUGGAACAAAGAUGGAACUAUGCCAAACUGAUAGAAAUUUGGCCAAGGUGGAGCAGUUUGUCGACAACCACAGUGCUGAUGAAAAACUUCCAUCCUCACAUCCACGUGGGAGGGCAACCAUGGCUAAUCAUGUGGUGAGUAAUGGUCUUAUCUCCUCAGACGUUGCAGGUAUAGGAAGGAAGAUGGAACCAUGCCAAACUAAUAGGAAUGUGGCCAAGGUGGAGCAGUUUGCAAACAACGAUAGUGCUGCUGAAAGUUUUCAUUCCUCACAUCCAGUUGUGGAGAAUGGUAGAAAGAUUGCUGGACCUAAGAUUGACAAGGCUGUAGAUAGUCAAAGGGCAUAUGCUGUCCAUAAGAUGGAUGAGAAAGAGUUCAGGAAGAAUGGUACAUUAGAGUGUAAAGAUCUUGUGUCAUCGAGGCCUUCAUCUGCUUCUGUCAAAGAUAAGGAAAAGAUCGCUGCCUCUAUGAAGCCUCCUCAUCCGGACUUGAAAUAUCUGAGCCAGGUACUCACCAUUCCUAAAGUAGAAUGGUCUCAGUUUGACGAUCAGGACUGGCUGUUUGGCUGCAAGGAUUCCAAGGCAAAGAGGCCCAAACUGUCCUCUCAGAUUGAUUGGACAAAGCAGGUUUGGGCUGAAGCAAUACAAGUGGAGUCUGCAGAUGUUACUUUUAUGCCGUAUGUCAUUCCUUACUAGACGAAUAGAUAAGUACACUUCUUGUUGUCACCUUGAGUUGGGAGAGAGCAAAAGUCCCCAUCUUAGUUUGAUGACAUCUUCCACGCCCCUCUAGGGAUAAUGGGAUUCAUAUCCUGAUUUUGGCUUUCAGUUGGUUCUGGAGGUUAUUACUGAAUGGAACAAUUACACUACACUGCUAGUCAAAUACUAGCUCUUGGCCAAAGAUGGGGCACAAUAAGUUGCUGGCUGAUACUUGUGUUAUUCGGCAUAAAAGAUGAACUACCUACGUGUUUACGUGCACUUCCACAGGUUCUUGAUUGAGGAGAUGAGCUCCUGCAACUUAGAUGCAUCAAAACGUGAGCUAGAGUGACAGAUUGUAUCCGUAGAGCAGUGAAGUCUACUGGGGGUGGGGG